CACACGCAUAUAUAUGCGUGAAAACCCACCCAUAUUUCCAACUUCUCCGUCUCUUCUUCAUUCUCUCCUGAAAAUCUUCAUCAAUAACCGCAUUACUCCAAACAUUCUGCACCCAAACAACAAUCUCCCUUUUCACACACAAUCACCAUUCACGAUGAAUGCUCUCGCUGCAACAAACCGGAACUUCCGUCAUGCUGCACGUCUCCUCAGUUUAGAUUCAAAGGUUGAAACGAGUUUGUUGAUUCCCUACAGAGAGAUCAAGGUGGAGUGUACGAUACCAAAGGAUGACGGAACGUUGACGUCGUUUGUUGGAUUUAGAGUUCAACAUGAUAAUUCUCGUGGUCCAAUGAAAGGAGGAAUUCGUUAUCAUCCGGAGGUUGAACACGGAGAGGUAAAUGCAUUGGCUCAACUAAUGACCUGGAAGACUGCGGUGGUCAAUGUUCCUUACGGUGGAGCCAAAGGUGGAAUCGGAUGCUCACCAAAGGAGUUAUCUACGAGUGAGCUUGAACGACUUACCCGUGUCUUCACACAAAAGAUUCAUGAUCUUAUUGGAGUAAACACCGACAUUCCCGCACCAGAUAUGGGUACCAAUGGCCAGACCAUGGCUUGGAUUUUGGACGAGUACUCGAAAUUCCAUGGUUACUCGCCGGCUAUUGUUACCGGAAAGCCACUAGAUCUUGGAGGAUCGCUGGGACGAGAGGCUGCAACGGGUCGUGGUGUCGUUUAUGCCACUGAAGCGUUACUUGGCGAACAUGGGAAGUCAAUCAAUGGUUUGACUUUUGCUAUUCAGGGGUUUGGCAAUGUGGGAUCUUGGGUAGCUAGGCUGAUUCAUGAAAGGGGUGGUAAGAUAGUUGCAGUGAGUGAUGUUACUGGAGCUGUAAAGAACCCGAAUGGUAUUGAUAUACCUGCGUUGCUUGAGCAUAAAGAGAAAACUGGGAGCUUAAGUAGUUUUGACGGUGGAGAUAUAAUGGAUGCAGAUGAAUUGCUUGUUCAUGAAUGUGAUGUACUUAUACCAUGUGCCUUGGGUGGAGUUCUUAACAGAGAAAAUGCAGGCGAUGUUAAAGCCAAGUUCAUCAUAGAAGCAGCAAAUCACCCUACUGAUCCUGAAGCAGACGAGAUUCUGUCAAAGAAAGGAGUUAUAAUUCUUCCUGAUAUAUAUGCCAAUGCUGGAGGAGUGACCGUUAGCUACUUUGAGUGGGUGCAGAACAUGCAAGCGUUUAUGUGGAACGAGGAGAAGGUGAACCAAGAGUUGAAGAAAUACAUGACAAAAGCUUUUCAUAGCAUAAAGACCAUGUGCCGAACCCAUGAGUGCAACCUUCGGAUGGGCGCCUUCACAUUGGGGGUCAGUCGAGUUGCGCGUUCUACCGUCUUAAGAGGAUGGGAGGCUUGAACGAUCUUGCUUCGCUCAUAACUGUAUACAAACUAUACUCGAAGAAGAUUUGUGUCAGAUCACAAAGAAUAAGUAGUGUUGAUUUUUAUAUCUCUACAAUGCCCCUUUUUUGGUUCAAACAUUCCAAAAAAGAUGAUUCAUUUAUGUUAUUUCUAACAUUGAUUGUUUUACCAUAUGUGCGUGCUUUUCUUUUUCAAAAUUGAAAAAAAUGAAGUGUGUGCUCGUGUGUUUGACGGGUGUUGAGACA